UUCUGUGUUCCCACCAACUGUAAUAUCUAUUAUCUAUAUCUAUGAUUGUCACAAAUUCCCCACAAAUAUUAUAUUUCUACGUUUUUGUGAUUCCCCUAUUUUUUUUAAAUAUUAUAACAGACCAUUUUUUAUUUUUGUCAACAGAAAAACGUUUUUAAUUGCUCGGCCUUAGUGAUGGAAGAAUUUGUAGUGAUUAAUAAAGCGGUAUUAGAAAAUGAAAAUAUCUGUGCAAAUUGCAAUAAACAACUUAAUGUAACUCCAAUUUAUUGUGUAGACAGGAAUCAACGUGUAGAGGAAAUAUGUGGUAGAUGUGUGAAUAUUGCAGAUAGUUACGGUAAAACAAAAAAAUGGAGACAAUAUGCAUAUGAGACAUUUGGCAAAUUCCUAACGUUUCCUUGUUCUAAUAAAAAGUAUGGAUGCAACGCUGUAUUGUAUUGGGACGACGUGUUGACACAUGAAAAAAUAUGCACUUUUAUAGGCACAAAGUGUCCCACAUCACACAAAGAUUUAUUUCCCGAAGAAACCUGCACCUGGGAGGGUAAUGUUAAGGACCUUUAUGAACACAUUGAAGUAUCACAUAAAACUUACUUAUUAAAUCCUCUGCAAAUAAACUGGUGUGAUAGCGGAGAAAACUUGUUUUUUUUUACCAAUGUGGGAACUCAAAUAAUAACUGUUAUAAUCAAGUAUGAAAAGGAAAGUACAUAUUAUUGCCUAUUAAUGGUCAAUGGCAAUGAUAUAGAAAGUCAAUGCUACCGUUAUCAACUAGAAUUGUUUGAUGAGAACAAAAAUAACUCGAUUAUACUACGAAAAUCUAGAUUAGAACCUCUUACAUUGAUGACGGAAAACCUUACUAACUUAGAUAAAAUGUUAGAAAUUGAUUUGAUCAAAAUAAAACAGAUGCUAAAGCAUUCAAAACAUAUAUCUGGUCGCUUUGGUAUAGUUAGGAAACCAAAAAAGGAAAUUGUUUUGAUUGUUGGUACAAAAAACCUGGAAGCGCUAAUUGCACCAGUAACACCUAAAGAAAACAAGGUAAUUGAUGAAAAAAUGCUUCAAGAACUGGAGUGCCCCGUGUGUAACGAACAUAUGAUUCCUCCUAUAUUUAUUUGUAAAACAGGACACAGUAUAUGCAAUGAUUGCAAGAAAAGAAUUUUAGUAUGCCCUAAUUGCCGUGAUUCAUUUUCUGGAGCCAGAAAUUUUACUUUGGAAAAACUUACGUCUAGAGUAAAUUAUCCAUGCCGUAACAAAGAACAGGGUUGUUCAUUUGUGACAACUUCUGACAAAAUCCUUAGUCACCAACAGAACUGCGAACUCUCAGAGCAUCCUUGUGUAUUCAAGUGUGGCUGGCAAGGCCAACGAUUCUCCAUAUAUAAUCAUUUAAAACUAAUACAUCCGCAGUCAUUGUGCGACGUGAAUACCUUACAGGUCUGUGAUACUAAAGAUAAGGAAAUGUUCUAUUUUUUAUAUGAAUAUGGCCAGUUGUUCAGAUUCAGCCUUAGACAGGAUGCUCCCAAUAGCCCCAAGAAAUUUAACGUUCAGCAAGUUUGUUCUUCUGACAGUGAGCCAAAAUUUUAUUACCAGUUACAGAUAAUUGAUCACUCAUCUAAUGGUUUAAAUUUUAGUUUUACUAAUUUUUGUAAACCCCUAACUGAUUUAAAAACAGCACAUACCUUGGCUAUUUCUAUUCCAUGGAACUUAAUACAGCCAUUUAUUUUUGAGACACAUUAUUGUUAUUAUAAAAUUUUAAUUACCAAAAUUUAAACGAAAUUUUGUUAUCUAGAUGCUACAAUUGUUCAUAUUGUAAAGUCUAUUAACAAUCGAGUUUUUUUUUCGAUAAUACAUGAAAGAUGAGUGAAAGUUGGUUUGAUUAUUUUUUGACAAAUUUUAAAUACUUUUUCCUUAACUCCUCGUGUAUAACAUAUCUCCAAAAACUAAAACACUGCUUGCUCAAGUGAUUGAACGAUUAUUUUUGGAGUAUUGAGGAAUUUAAGAGAAUACUUCACAUAUUGCUCUCUAUUUUAUAUUAUCCCAAACAUUUCUUAAAAACAUAGUCUUUCCGAAACAAAGUAUUUCUCUUCUAUUUUGUUAGUAUUCAAACAGAUUUUCUUCCUCCAUUGUAAAUGACUAUUGUUUUUGAAGAUAGGUACAUGAAAAGUGAAAGUCAAUAAUUUAUCACACGGAAUUAAUUUUUUACGUCCAAAAAAUAUUUGAGCAUGACAGUUCGCAGCUACCAACUCCUGUUUUUUCAUGGAACAUCCUUACAUUUUUAAAUAUUUUAUUAAAACACUAAUAGAUUACAAUAUUAGAAGGAUUUGGUGAGUCUGUUAGUAAGGGAGAUAUAACAAAAAAAGCAUGUAUUAGAUAAUGAAUGUGUAAAGAUGGAUUUCUACCAAAUGAACAAUUGAGUCUUGCUUUGUCUUUGUUUUAUUUCUUAAAACGGGAAAAAACAAAACAUAAAUAAAUCAAAUACUCUGGCUCAACCAAAAGGACUGUAUUCAAAUCCAGUUUUUUAGUUCUGAAAUUAUUUCCAUCAGAAAGACAGUUUUUGUUCAAAACAUUUAGGCAAUCGAAUUUACACUAUGUUUAGUGAUGGUGACUUUUAAUUUCAUACAGUGUUCUGUAAAAAAAAGGAAGGAACAAUGCCAUCAUUGACAUUGGGUGUGAUCAUUUUAACAAGAAGUUCACAAAGCACUUGUUUACAAGAUAGUUAGACUGUUUUUUAAAAACAUUAAAAAAAUCAAAUUGUAAUUAUGCUAAAAUAAAUUAAAAAUGAUUGACCAGUGUCGAUAUACAAUCUUAUUAAAAUAAUAAAUAUAAAUCUAACAUUUCCUCUAAACUGACACUGUUCACAAUGGUGUAAAAACCUUUUGAUGUUAUCGCUUUUGAGAGGGACUCCAAAAACAAAACAUAAACAGUUGCCGACAACUCGAGUUUACAGAGUUUAAAAAUUGUAGCUAAAAAGUUGUAAUUUAGUUAAAAUAGAUACGAGUUUCUGUUUUCUUUGUUUGGUAGAAAUCUAUCUUUAAUCGCUAUCAGGAACAUCGUUGAUAUUUACAUCUCUGAAAUAUUGACUUGAAGAUUAAUAUGAACAUAUAAAAAUUGAUAUAAAUGUAUGUUUAAUUAAAGUUUAACCUAUCUUUGUCUCAUAUUAUGUUAGUUGAAAUUAAAUAAUUAAAAAUUUUUCUUUGUUUGACAUUGCCAAUAAAUGAGUGCCAUAUUCAACAAAAUGUUAAUAUUUAAAUUGCUCAAAAGAGUUUUAAAUUUUACUGCAAGUGGUUUAUUAUAAGCAGUUUUGAUUUUUU